CGGCGAUUCGGAUCUGACGAUGACGCGCCGGUUCGCGUCAUGUUCUACCGCGACCACGCGGGGUGGUGUCCGUACUGCGAGAAGAUCUGGCUUCAGCUCGAAGAGAAGAAGAUUCCGUACAGAGUUGAGAAGAUCAACAUGCGGUGCUACGGCGAUAAGCCCGCGUCGUUCACGUCGAAAGUUCCGAGCGGGAUGCUCCCGGUGGUUGAGAUCGACGGCGAGCUCAUGACGGAGAGCGCCGCGAUCGCGGCCGCGCUCGAGGAGCGAUUCCCCGAGCGCACGCCGCUUCUCCCCGCACGCGGGACCGCGGCGUUCGCGCGCAUCGAGGAACUGAACCGUCUCGAGCGCGCGUUAUUCUCGCGCUGGAUGCGAUGGCUGACGUCGUCGUGGGCGGACGGCGGGAACCGAAGCCAGUUCGAGGAAGCUAUGGACGUUGUCGACGCGGAGCUUCGGAAGACGCCCGGCGCGUAUUUUCUCGGCGAGGAGCUGUCGCUCGUGGACAUCACGUUCACGCCGUUUCUCGAGCGCAUGGCCGCGUCGCUGGCAUACUACAAGGGCUUCAAGAUCGAACAGUCCGGGGGACGGUGGCCCGGGCUCGACGCGUGGUACCGCGCGAUGGCGCUCCGCUCGGACACUUACGCGUGGAUAAAGAGCGACUACUACACGCACGCGCACGACCUCCCGCCGCAGCUCGGCGGGUGUGAGUUCAACGGUGACGACGAGCAGGCG